AGAGACUCUUACUUUGCACUUUUUGUUUCAUGCAAUAUAGAAGAGAGAGAGAGAGAGGACGUGUGGAUUCGACCAACAUUGUUUCUUUGGAUUGAAACUCGGAGCAAAUACGUACAAGUACACAAGCACGACUGCCUAUUAUACCGGGAUAGACUUUCUGGUUGCAACAACAACAACAACAAGUUGGGGGAGAAACCAUAAGAGAAGGGCAAAACAACAGAGUUUGACCUUUUCAGACAACGUACACACAUAUACAGGGAAUGGCGACACUACAGAGUCAUCGGCCGAUGCAGCAUGUGGAUCGGAGGGAGCUGUAUACCAGUCUCGAGGCACGGAUACAAUACCUGCACUCGUUUCUCGACUUUAGUUCACGCGACAUGGAAGCCCUGACGAGCGGGGCCAAGUACAUCAAAGCGCUCAUCCCCGCCGUAGUCAACAUUGUGUAUAAGAAGCUUCUGCAGUACGACAUCACAGCACGAGCGUUUGAAACGCGAUCGACAUCAUACCAGGGGCGAGUGGACGUCAGCAACCUCGACGAGAACUCGCCGCAGAUUCUGUACCGCAAAAUGUUCCUGCGGGGCUACCUAAACAAGCUGUGCAGCGACCCAUCGACCAUGGAGUUUUGGGAGUACCUGGACAAAGUAGGCAUGAUGCACGUGGGGCAAGGGCGGGCGCAUCCGCUGCACGUCGAAUACGUGCACAUUGGCGUGACGCUGUCGCUCGUUCAAGACAUCAUCACGGAAGCGGUGCUGUCGCACCCACGGCUGAAGAUGGAGCGCAAGAUUGCGCUUGUGAAAGCGCUGAGCAAGGUGAUUUGGAUCCAGAACGAUCUGUUUGCCAAGUGGUAUGUUCGCGACGGCGACGAGUUUGCAGAGGAGCGAUUGGUGCCCGAGGUUGAGCCUGAAGGCUAUCUGCACGGCAAACCUGUCUUGCGCGAGGGCAGCAGCGAGCGCGAGAGUGAGAUUGAAGAGGCCGACAUGGCGGCGGGUUCGUGUCCGUUUAAGAAUUUGGCAGGCAGACCGAGUCUGGGGAAGGAUCAUCAGGAUGCGCAGUAUGGGGAAAUCGUGAUAGAUACCGCAGAGGCGCCGAGGGCUGCAGCGUCGACGACAUCACCAGGCAUGAGGGGGUUUGUGCAGAGCGCCAUGGCACGGGCGGUGGGAAGUAGCGCUUGACGGGCGAGCGAGCGAAGGGGUGGGGUUGAUGUUCUUACUGUAGAUACUAUGCAAUUCUAAUCAUGUUAUUUUGUUGU